GUGGCUGACGACUGGAACCGAGUAAACCCGAUUCAGCGUCACCUUCACGAACCUGAAGCACAUAGUGUGACGGUUCACUUACGUUCGGUUUUCAGCAAUAAACGCGCCUGAAGAAGUUUUCACUUCAAGAAUGUUACUUAAACAUUUAGAAUACACUGAUAUUUUUUUACACAAAUUAAUGUUAUAUUUUCAACAUGAAAUGACAAUAUUUUCUGUUCAGGAAACUCUUUUAACUCUGGCACAUACGUCCGCAACAAAGCAUCCUCAGAAAACACCACAUUCGACACCAACACGUACCGAAAACCUACUCUUCAACAAAGCAACACGUUUCGAAAAAAUUCCAGUCCACGUUUUGGUACCACUUUCCAGAAAUCUUCGUCUCCCGCACACAACCAUGCAAACGACGAUGCUAACAACGACAACGACGAUGACAUUAACACAACGAUGGUCGUACAACCAAUCAACGACACCGUUAUUAUGACGAAAGAUAAUGAAAACGCGAAAAUCCGACGGUUCAGUUACGUAUUGGAUGACAACCAACGCAACUUUUUCCCUGCCUCCGACAAUUUAGGAGAGACUAUUAAUAUAAAACGUGACUCUGUAGGUCCUUUCGGAGGAUCGGAAGACAGUCUCGAUCAGAUGAGUAGUCUCUCAAGCAGCAGCAAGGGGUCUAACAAAAUGCUCAAUAUGGCCGACGUCGAUGCUAUCGUACAGCAACAAGAAAGAAGUUUGCAAGACAUAUCGACACCAAAGCCUAAUACCCGUCAUAUAAAGGAGCUGUGGGACGGUGAUGGCAUAUCCCCAAUUACAUCCUUGACGCAGCAGCGCAAUCAGACCGCGUCCGAUUCCGAAAUAGAACGGGAAGACAUCGGUUCGGGUAAAUCUUCAACUGUUAAACUAACCUCGGUCGGAUCGGAUACAAGUUUGUUAUCUGCGCGCAAUCGACAACGUAAUUUCGUAAAAAACACUAGUCAGCAAAGCCCAAAAAGAACGUCAGGGCGGGGCGACGAUUUUGCAGUCACACCACGCCCAAAAUUUCCAUCUAGCAACAAAAACGUCAACGAAGGAAACGGACGAGAAUUGCGAGAUUCUUAUACGAAUUUGACGGGAUCACAAACCAACCUAAACGGUGUACCGAGACAGUUGAAGGGCUCAUAUACGAAUUUGAACCCUGUAUGCGCAAGUCUGUUAGCUGCUGCCGCCAGAUCAAAAGGUACAGCUUUGGUACCGGACAUGAAUCAGAUGGAUGUAACGAGGACGAUGGAAGAACACGCAGGCAAGACAACGCACAGAUUUGAUGAUCUGCCGGCGUCCAAAGAAAAUCAGCAGGUAAAAAUUUUAGUUAACCAACCCAGCUCAAAAAGUAACCAAGUUAGACCUAGUGGUUUACCUAGACCUGUAAGCAUGUGUGGUACAGGAAUACCUAGACCUGUUUCGAGAAUUCCCGCCCCUAGAUCUAAUGUUAGACCCUUAUCAUCAAGGUCAGUUGCCAGAUAAGACUUUUCAAAGUAUAAUCGUCAUGGUGAUAUAAAUUUUUUUUUACUAAUUGCAUACUAAUGUUAUGGUGCCUUAAUAUCUUCCUUAUUAACCGAUCGCCUAAAUGAGUAGCAAGUACUGUAGCGUAUAGUAGUAAUUUUAUAUAACGAUGCAUUUUACGGCAUAAAAAAUAGCAAUCGAUACACCAACGUUAGCGUCUUUUCCUUUUAUCCAUUUAUAUUAUUCUUAUUAUUAAACAUAUACAUAAAUAUAUGAAUAUUAAAUAAAGUAAUAAUAAACGCUUAUUAGUAACGAGUGAGCGCAAAUUUUACUCAGUACGUGUAACCGAAGCAUCAAAUCAUAAAUAUUUAUUUGUCGAUACAUAUCUUUAAAGAAAUAUAUUUUUGCUUUUAUAAAAAAGUUAUUCAAAUUCAACGUUCGUUUUUGAUAUGUGUUUGUUCGUAAAAAAUAAGAGAAAAAACAUUUGUAAGUCUCAUUUUAGUUCUUAAAAAGUAAAUUACAUUUUUUUACUUACGGAACAAUUAAUCUUCCAAUAUAGUGGGAGACAAUUAUAUGCGUAAAACUAAAAACUUGGUAUUUAUAUGCGCCGAUUUGCUACUAAUAUAUACAAAAAAAGUGUGACGUAAACAAUUACGGUGAUGCUUUUUUUUUUUUGAAAGUAGACACUUAAUGGUGUGAGUUGAUACCGUCAUUUAUUCAUGCAUAAAUCUACGUCGGUACUAGAGGACCUAAUACAUCCAGAAGAAAAGAGAGUAGACACUCACAUGUUUGAGAUUAUACUCACAUUUUUACUCAUUUGAAUUGAAGUGGCUAAUUUGAAUUUGUACUACGCACUACCACCCAAUUGUUGCGGCGUUUUUAUUCUUCUAUUCAAUGUAUAAUUGAUUACUAUAAACUCAGUAGUGAGCAUCCAAUCUAUGUGAAUUACUUUUGUUUUAACGAGCAGUGUCAAUAUUGAAAAAACGUUUAUUUGAAUUAAAGGUUUUCUGAAUCUUGCUUAUUAAAUGAGCAUCUAGAGAAAAGCUUUAUUGAAACGUGUAAAACCAAGACCGUCCUAUGUAUGAUUAUGACAUAUUUAAUUAUUAAUAAUAAAAUAAAGAUAAAGUGAAGAAUAUUGUUAUAUUCUCGAGUGAAUUAUUGUAAGUGGGUUUGUUUAAUUGUUAAACAGGACUGGUUAUCAAUAAUUAAUAAGAAUAUUUAGCAAUUACAUCCUAAAAGAUGUUUGACACUGUUCAAUGAAACAAAAAGGUACCUAUUAUUUUUUAUUGUUGUUUUUUAAAUGCAGGUAGGCCAUAAUUACAAUAAUUUAAAAUGAAAUUAAUUUUACGUAUUAGGGAAGUGAGGGUAGGACUGAGUGAGUGAGUGUCAGUGGUAAUAAUUUGUUUGACGUACGUGUUCCGAUAGAAUGUUGGCGAAUAAUGUUUAAUGAAAAUAUUGAUAAACAAAAUUUAUUUUGAUAUCACAGAUCAGUGAUAGGACAGGCACCCAGUAAUUUAUAUACAAAAAAAUAAGUGUGACGUAAACAACUGUGGUGAUGCUUUCAGCCGGUGUUCGCGUUUAAUUUAUAUAAAGAAAAUUACGCCGAAACGGUAACAGACGCAAUAAAUUUCUAUCAACUAAUUAAUGAUAUUCUCAAAAUUACUUUCUUAUUUAAGGU